AUACAUACAUAUAGACACAUCGAUCUAAGCUUCUAUAUAAACCAGCAAACUGAGAGGAGCAACGUGUCUGUGUUUAAGAGGAUCAAGAACAUAUUUCUUAGGGGGAGAUGGUAGAUAACAGAGGCAACAACAGCAACAGUAUUAUUAGUUCAGACUCCAGAGAAGGGUUUAACUACAAUUUCUCAGGAGAUCGUGACCAUCACGAUGAUAUGAUCAAGGAGCAAGAUCGACUGCUUCCUAUAGCAAACGUCGGUCGAAUCAUGAAGCAAAUCCUUCCCCCAAAUGCGAAAAUCUCCAAAGAGGCCAAGGAAACCAUGCAAGAGUGCGUCUCCGAGUUCAUUAGCUUUGUGACCGGAGAAGCCUCAGAUAAGUGUCACAAGGAGAAGAGGAAGACGGUGAACGGCGACGACAUUUGCUGGGCCUUAUCCACGCUGGGGUUCGACGACUACUCGGAGCCGCUGAAGAGGUACUUGCAUAGGUUCAGGGAAUUGGAGGGGGAGAAGGCUCAGCAGAGCAAAGCCAACAGCGGAGGUGAAGAUCAAAGGAACGAAGUGGUGGAGGUGUCACCGACAAGAGCAAGUACCACUUCCAGUUCUACUCCAUUAAUGAAGUUCAAUAUGAUGAAUAUUGAAAGGGGUAAUAGCUCAAUCCCUCGGCGAUUCUGACUGGUAUGAAGCUAAUAUACUUAAUUAAUUUAAGAUCAAAUUUGUAUGUCUUAUUACAAGACCGUGGCUGGGUUUGAUUUUAGGCUAUGAAUCCUGUUCUUUUCGUCUGGUGUGUUUUAAUUACUUCUUUGAUUGACUGUUACUAGCUCAAUAAUCAUGUAAACAUGUUGGAGCUAAUCCUUUUGUCUUUACAAAUUAAUAUAAGGAAUUGGCGUCCGAGACCCAAAAGAAAAGAAAAAAAGAGAGUCUGAUCUUUUCUUUUAGGUGGUUGUGUGAGAUAUACAGAUAUAUAUGG